CUUCUCCUUGAAACUACAACAUCGGCCUUCGGGUCGGGUAGUUCAGGCUUGAAACACUCCAGAAGUGUAAAUAACUUGUUUUCAUUUUAUCGUUUAGCACGGGUCCAAGAGGAGCGUCAAGCAGUGAAAUGACGUUGUGAAGUAAAAUUUUGUGAAGGCCAUGGUCUCAGGUGGGCAGACUAUGUCGGCCAAGAUCCUCCCUCUCCCUGAGGCGGUGCGCUCUCAGCUGAGGUCAGGAGUUGCUAUCACUUCAGUGGCCCAAUGUGUUGAAGAACUGGUGUUAAACAGUCUUGAUGCUGGUGCCACCUGUGUUGCAGUGAGGGUGGACCUGUCCAUCUUCAGGAUCCAGGUGGUUGACAAUGGUUCAGGUGUGCCACAGACAGACCUCAAGUACCUGGGUAGAAGACAUGCCACCAGCAAAUGCCACACCCUGAAGGACCUCAACAACCACCUAUCUCACUUUGGCUUUCGUGGGGAGGCCCUGGCCAGCAUCAUCAAUCUCUCUGCUGUUGUUGACAUCACAACCCACACCAGAGGCUCAUCUCAGACUUUCACCAAGCUCUUCACUUAUGGGAAGGAGAAAUCAGUUGAUACCUCCAAGACAAACAGACCAAGCAUUGGUACCACUAUCACCAUCCAAGACUUCAUGUAUAACAUGCCUGUGCGGAGGAAACUCAUCAUGGAAGCCAUUGACCUGGAAAGCAUGAGGAUGCGCCUGGAGAGCUUUGCCUUAAUGCACUCCAAAGUGGCCUUCAGUUUGAGGAAUGAUCGUAAUGGUAACAUGAUAAUUCAGACCAAAAAGUCUAGUAGCACUAUGGGCACCUUUAUGCAGUUGUUUGGAGAAGAGAGGGCCCAGGGGCUUGCUGAAGUACACCACUCUGUCAGUCCAUUCACUGUGUCAGGGUACAUUGGCACACAACCACACCUUACCAAGGCACUCCAAUUUGUGUAUGUUAACAAGAGGUUAAUUCUGAGGACUAAGAUUCACAAAAUGGUCAAUGACUUACUGUCAAGAAGCUCCAUUAUCAGUACGAGAUUACACCCCAGCAGUGUGGGCCCAGUCAAAAACCCUUCCAGUCCUCCAAAGGGCAUGAAGCUGUAUGGAAUCUUUGUGCUGAAUAUUGAAUGCUCCUAUAGUGAGUAUGACAUCUGCCUUGACCCAUCAAAAACACUAGUGGAGUUCAAAGAGUGGGAUCAGCUCCUUCUCUGCAUUGAGGAGCUGAUACUCAAAUUUGCCAGUGAGGAGAACCUUGGGAUAUCACUUGAUGAGAGAUACAGGAGAUCAGGGAAAGAACGGGAGGAAGGAGAAGAAGAGGAAGAAGAAAUAAGCUUAUCUCAAGGUAGUCAGUCUUCCCUUCAGCAGUUUAGUAUGAAGAGAAGCUGUGAGGAUGGUGAGGUGUUAGGAUCAUCAAAGCAGAAGUAUGGUCGUACACUAAACACACAAGACAACCUCCUGGCAGUCCACUCAAUGAUGGUGAAGCGGAUAAGGAUAGAAACCAAGGAAUCAGAAGUACCAACUGAAGAGAAAAGUAGCACUAAUGAACUGGAUAAUGAUGGAAAAGCAACAGAAGAAUGCAGUAAGGAUAAAGUUGGCAGAGAUAUGCCGAAGGAGACUGAAGACUCGCCAUUAGGUACACUGAGGAAGAAAACCCCAAAAAACUAUUGUGAAGUCUCAAGUGAUGAUGAGAGUAAAGCAAGCAAAAGCCCUCAAACACUCAGCAAAGACAGUGAAUAUAGUAGUCCACAGUGUGUUGAAGUUACAUUUGAGGAAAUCGAAAGGACACCAGUUGAAGAACAAGACAUGCAUCAUUCUCAUUUUGAAGUGCCCAGUAAAGAAAACAAUAUAUUAAAGGGUAAGAAUGUCAUAGAAGGCAGUGAAAGAGAUGAAGUUGUUUCUAUUGCAUCAAAAAAGAGCUAUACAUCAACACCUGAUGCCAGCCCUGAGAAGCCCAACACCCCCCUCAAGGUACCCAAAUGUAUAACUUUUGAGGACAUCAUGGCAUGUCCACAGAAUAUUUCUCUGCAGAAUCAUCGGGGAGUCCUCCACUUCUCCCAGCUGACUCUCCCUGAUGAUGGGAACAAUGAGCCCUCCCAUGGUACAUCCCUCAGCCUUGACAUACUGCCAGCUAUACUCACAGAUUCUUUAAGUAUUCCUUCAUCCAUGAGUGGGGAUAUAGGGGCUGAGAGUAAAAAGAUUUCUUCAUGUGUUAUUAAUUUUCAAGUUAAUCAAACUAAGUACAAAAAUUUGAGUAUUGAAGCAGGUGUAGAUGAAACCAAGGGUUUGCACAGUAGUGGACUUACUAUGCAAGCUACUACUGAAACAGGACAUGUUUUAGGAGACUGUGAGAAUGUAGUACUUGAGCCUACAAGUAAACUUGCCUCACAAUUACCACCUCAGGCACAAUCUGUUGAUGUAAUUUCCAGUACUGAAAACUCCAACUCUGUACAGGACAUAUCACCACUUAAAGCUUCUAGUUCUUGGGAAGAAGGCAGUAACACUGACAGUUCAAUUAAUAAAGAAUCUGGCCAUUGCAAGAAUCUCACUCUCAGGGAGUUGUCACACCAGAAUGCCUCAGAACAGAUGGAGAUGCAGAUACCCCCUCAUGGUUGCCAGUGGAGAGAGACAGUGGACAAAGAUGGAAGAACAGUGUAUGUGAACCUCCAGACUGGCAACUCUUCUUAUGAGCCUCCAGAGUUGAAGGACCCACCAGAGUGGACCAGCAGUCAGCCACUUGGAGCCAGACUUCCUAGAGUACCUCUAACUCAUGAGCCUUGGUACAUCCCCAGGGGCAAGGCACAUAGGGAGAGGGACAGUUUCACCCUCAGCCAUGGGUUUAAAGAGUUCAUGUCAUGGAAGAAAACAAUAGAAAUGAGGAAGGAGAGUGCAAACCAGGUAUUUCCUAAUAAAAAAAGAAACUCAUCUGAAGAUGGAGGGACAAAAAACACAGCUUUAAGCAUGUCUCAAGAGGUUCAGGAGGCCAUUGAGACCUUGAUGGAAGAGUGUGAGGCAGACGACUCCGUGAAAUGGUUAGAAAAGCCAGAAGCCUGUCUCCGUGAACCAGCACAGCCAUUGGAGGUGGCUCAGAUCUGCCAAAUGUGGGAGCCACCAGACUUUGCAAUGGAUGCAGAGGUGUUGAAUUCUGGGCCUGAUGCUGCAACAGCCCCAAGGAGUGUUGCUGGGGUGAGAGUGUACAACAUGGUCCACCCAUACAGGUUCUCUCGGGACAUGCUUCCGUCUUGCAAGGUGUUGGGGCAGCUGGACCAAAAGUUUAUUGUCUGCAAUCUCAAGUAUGUCAGCCCUGAGGGACCCCAAGUCAAGGCCAGUCAGCUAGUGGUUCUGUUUGACCAACAUGCUGUCCAUGAGCGGGUACGCCUAGAGACCAUCAUUCAGGAGAACUUUGAGACACUAGCAUCAGGGGAGUCUGUCCUGUGCAGUUCUGCUGUCAGUCCCCCACUGGAGCUGGACCUGCCUGAGGAUGAAGUGAGGCUCAUGGAGGCAUACUCCAAAAAGCUCAACCAACGAGGACUUUACUUCACAAAGACCAGCCCUUCAAGAGUAAUGUUCCAACUGAUACCAAGCUGCCUAGUUGCCAAGGAGGCAAAUGAGUUGCGGCAUAAACGUUGCCAGACAGCUGGUGCCAUUGUCGAGAGUGUGGUGCGGGACCUGUGCCACACCCUGCACCAGACUGGGGGUGUGCUGGGCCUCAUUCCCCCAAUCACUCAUGUUUUCAACAGCAAUGCCUGUAGGGGAGCCAUCAAGUUUGGGGAUGAACUGAGCAGAGAGCAGUGCCAGGACUUGAUUUCUUCCCUGUACUCCUGCCAACUGCCUUUCCAGUGUGCCCAUGGCCGCCCAUCAAUUGUUCCUCUGGUCAAUCUGACACACCUGACAUCUUCCACCCAUAAGGUGAGUAAACCAAACCUGAGGAGACUGAGAGAGGCUAUGGAAGCUGGUACUGUCCACUAAAGGGGUUGCAGUUCACCAAAAACUGGUAAGGGAUGACUGAGGGUGUUGAAGCAGCUACUCAGUCUUUGUGUGCAAAGUUACCAUUCUUUUUUAUUUUAUUCAUAAGCUCCUUUUAGAGAGUAAUAUUGGUUGAGUUGAUGAAUAAAUCUUCCCACUCCAAAUGGCUGUGACUGUUGAAUACUCAAAGAAAAAAUAAUGCACCUGCUUGGUUGCUGGUUGAUAACAGGAUGAAACUUUGUUUUAGCUGAAAAUGAAUAGAAAUUUUUUUGGAGGGAAGUCAUUCAUCAUUUACUGUGAUAUCUCUGUAUUUUUUUAAAUUUACCAGAUGAAACUAAUAUCUAGUCCAAAGUUUAAUUUAUUCAAUAACUACAAUAUUUUUUUUAACCAGGUGAAGUUCAUGAUCCUUUGUCUAUUUAAGUUUGGAGGGGUGUUUGUAGUUAACUUUAGAUUUACCUUCAUUUACUUGUGGUGGACUCAAAGGUUUAGUGCUUACACCUUUUUUUUUUACAGUAUUUACACUGUUCAUCACAAUAGUCUUUUCAAAGAUUUUGUUCAGUUUCAUCCAUGACACUUAUGUAUUAUAAAAUGUUAGUAAUGUGUUAUAUAGCAGCUGUACAAUUACAGAAAAUAUUGUAUUAAUUACCUGUAUAGAAUGAUAAGUUUUUAAAAGCUUCUGUGGAUAUUUUUAUAUAUAAGAAUAUAUACUUAACUUAGCUUUAUGGAGAAAUGUUAGGAGUUCUUUCAUGAGGAGAACUGAGAACUAUCCCUAAGUGUUUAUUUUGUCACUUCCUUCAUCUUUUCUUCCCACAGCCACUGUUAUACUCUCUACCCUAACUGUAUAGCUUUUGUAAAAUCAGUGGUCUUACACAUAUACACUGUCAAAUUCAUCCAGUCACUUGAAGUAUCCUCUCAUUGUUUAAAACAACAUACUAUCAUCUGUAUAUAGACUUGCCAUCAAGGACUGCUCCAGAUCUCUCAUUUUCAUCCUUGCACUGAAAUCUCCUAAUCUGGCUUUCAUUUCUCAUACAAACUCUAUGUAAAAAUUGAAAGGCCAUGCUUUCAACUUGUACCCAUGUCAACACUAAAACUCACUCUUCCCAUUCACUUGCACAGAAGUACUCACAUCCUUGAAACAAUGUUGGGUCCCUGCAAGGAGAUGCACUCUCAUGCCAUAUAUUUUGAUAUAAAGGUAUUAAUCAACACAUACAGUGGGAUAAGCUAGAAUGAACAUAUUGAUUCCAGAACAUCAUUCCUUAUUGCAUUUGUUUGAUAUGGUGUAUAAUGAAAUACAUGUGUUAAUGGGUAAUCAGUUCCAGGCCUGCAGCCAAGACCAAAGUUACCCAAUAAGUAAAGAUAUCUCACUUCCUACCUUACUAACUACUUUUUUGUUAUUAUGUGUUUUCUACAAAACUUGAAACCUCUUGAAAGCCACAGGAAAUAGCAUAAGGUCAAAAUAAGUGAGAAAAUAUCAAUGAAAAGUGCAAACCCACAUAGCCUUGGGCAGUGAUUUAGCCAAAAAUGUCCCAAAGCUUACCACAGCUGAAAUCUAGAAGGAUUGCUCGUGCUCUUUCCUAAAAGGGAACUUUGCCCCUCUUAUAUAUAUAUAUAUAUAUA